CAACGUUCAAGGCGCUGAUAUUGGUGCAAAUAUGGCUUUCAACUUCCGUUCCUUGGCAAGUGCCAUCGUCACUUUUUUCCUAGCUGCACCUAUCUGCGCUUAUCCAACUUUUUCACUUGACGAUACGCCAGAACCGCUACCGGUCAAUCUCACAGCGAGACAAGACGUUGAACCCAGCGCAAUCCACUACACUGGAUGGCAAGGGUGUGAUGGUCCUCAACAAGACGCCAUUCGAGGGGCGUGGAAGGAGCUGUUGAUGCUCGGCAAAGCCAAUAAUCAUGACAUAGACUGGACGUCCGAGGCUGCGCAAGACCUUCUUGGGGCCGAACAUAACAAUGAGGAAUUCCAGACCGAGAUCCAAAACAUCCUUAAGAACAUCGUGACCUGGACAGACGACGGAACCUUCCUAUCGUGGCAGCUUGAAGUUCGUUGUGAUGAUUACUUGCGGCGCUCUGAACUAAGUUGCCCAUAUAUUACAAAGCCGGAAGAUGAAACAAAGUGCCAUAGCAGAUGCUGGCAGGCAAUAACGUUCAGAAACGCCAAUGGACAAAUAGAAGUCGCCAGAUGGAUCCCUCGUGCGGCAGCAUACACCACCAAUCACAACGGCGUUUUAGUUGCCACGAUCAACUGGUGUCCGAGUUUCUUCAGUUUGCCAACGUGCGUGGACCAGGCCGCGAAAACUAUCGCCGCGUAUCCCGCAGGGUCCGAGGAUAGGUUGAAUCUAAAUAACUACCAAUGCCGCGGCUAUGUGGCGCUACACGAGCUGUUCCACAUCGAUAGUAUGUCACAUCGCGUUGCGUACGCCGUCAAUCAUAUAUAUGAUCGUAAAAUCAGAGUCAAGAAUCCCGUUACGGGCUUGUUGAUCACUGUUAACGCGUAUGGCCCUCAAUAUACAAGAACUCUAGCUCGAUGGACUAUCAGGACGGGAUGGUGGGUGGUUACCAAUGCCGACAACCUUGCUCAAUACUGCUUAGCAAUGUGGGCCACGUCAGGAGCUGGAGACUACCCUCGCUACCCACAAGUGAAAGACAUAGACAGGCCGGUCACAAGCCCUAGCUCGUUCGGCGUGGACAACGAUAACGGCGUCAUCAGCUUGAUCGACGACCCUACCGGCGAUCUACUAGGACCCCUUCUCAACGUCGCUCCAGAAGACGCAUACGAUGCUUUUGCCGCCGGAGAACUCAGCUGUAGCGACGCGGGAUGGGACAACAGCACCACGGACCCUUGGGUCGACCCUUGCGAUGGCGACCCCGACAAUACGGACAUCGACCUUGACUCCAGCCCAAUCAACAGCAGCCCGACGACAACGGCGGUGCCGGUCCCGGUGCCGACGACGACUUCUGCUCCACAGCCGACUGAUUUCAACUGCAACUGUGGCGAGGAUGGGUGCUCGGCGGACAGCAUGCCAUGCUGUGCGAACGGCAGUUGUGCGUGCCAUUGUGGGGAGAGCGGGUGUGAUGCCGGAGAUCCAACAUGCUGUGCUAGUGGGACAUGUGCUCCGCUGCCCGCAAGGAUGAGGUUUAUGUAAGGCAAUUCACGGUGCUGAGAGCUUUACAUACAUGAACGCUUCUUGUUAGUAGGCCAUGAGGUGUCUCCAAGCUAUCUAUACAUUGUCAGAAUGAUCACUUGAGUAUAUGAGGUUGGAAGUGAAACACCUAAUCUGCGGCGUUGCGGAAAUUACAUCUGUGACGGCGUCCGAUUUGUAGUUGGUGGAAAUGAGAUACCUCAUCUGCAGGCUUGGGAGCUUUACAUCCUGGUACGCUGCUAUCUAGUAGGCCCUGGGGUGUCUUCAAGCGAUUCAUACGCGUUCAAAAUGUUCGUUCAAGUGUAGGUGAUUUGAAGUGGCUGGAAACACAACCCCUAAUUCACGGCGCUGCGAAAAUCACAUCCAUACUGGCUUCCGAUCUAAAGCGGGUAGAAAUGACAUACCUUAUUUACACUGCU